AUGUUUGAAUAUCUUUAAUAGUUACUUCACUAUUUUAAACAUUCGAAGUGCACACUCUAUGUUUGGAUUUAUUACCUUGCUUUUGCAAUUGGAGCAUACUAUCUUGUUUUGCUAGGUAUAUUUGUGCUUCAAUUUCUCAAUAAGCAUAUCAUCAGGAGAAGAUUAGACUUACUAAAAAGAUAUGGAUCUAACUCAUGGGCACUGGUGACUGGUGCUUCUGAUGGAUUUGGAGCUGAGUACUGCAGAUAACUCGCAAAAGAUGGCUUUAAUAUUGUGCUUGUUUCAAGAACGAUGAGCAAGCUUCAAGCAGUAGAGUAGGAGUUGAAGAAAAUCAAUCCAAAGAUUUAAACUAAGAUCGUCUAAGCUGAUUUUACAGGCAAUGCUAAUGUCCAAUUCUAUCAAAACAUUUUUGAUCAAGUCAAUAAUCUAGACAUUUCUAUUCUUGUCAACAAUGCAGGAAUUAUGUUAAAUGGAAGAGUUGAUCUUAUCAAGCCAAAAGCUCUCACAGAUACUAUUGACGUAAAUGUAGUUUAAGUAUGCAUGAUGACGUCUGUCUUUUUACCAAAAUUGCUAGCAAGAAAACCCAGAAGUGCAAUAAUUAACGUGUCAAGCAUGAUUGGAUUCACAGAAGCUUACGCUGGAGAUGCAGUUUACUGUGCCUCUAAAGCUUAUGUUAACUUCUUUACAUAUGCUUUUGCUGAAGAAGUAAAAGAUAGAAUUGAUAUUUAACUCUUCACCCCAGGAAUGGGCGCUACAAACCUUUGGGGUAAUGCAUCUAAGUCAAAUCUCCUGGGUAUUUCAGCUAAUUCAGUUGUUUAUGGUAGUCUUAGAGAUCUUGGAAGAGAAGUUAACACAAGUGGUCAUUGGAACCACGAGGUUCAAAGUCCAGCAAUGAAGCCACUGUCAUAAUCCUCGAUCUUUUAAUAUUUCGCUAAUAAGAUCUAUGGUAUAUCAAUGCUUGAAAAAUGA